ACACACCUAAUACUUUUUGCAGAAAUAUUUUACUACCUAGGGUUCUUUUUUUACUAUUUCCUAUACCAAGAACAUAUUAUUUUGAUUUAUGGCUACCUUUAGCACACUGGAGCAAUAAAAGAAAAUAGGCAGAACGUAAUUCAAGUAUAAAUAAAGAAUCGAUUUUAUUAUUUCAAUAAACUUUCUAUAAUGCGAACUCUAUGCUGCUCUCUUGUUAUUUUAGUAAUUAUAAAUAACGCCAACAGCGUAAAAGUUAACAUCGAAGGCACAGUCAGCUUAGGCAAAGAUGUGAUGGAUAUUUUAACUCAGUUCUUAAGUAGCUCUUAUUUAAGUGGUCGUCGAUCCCUAGUGCCAGUACCUGAAGAUCCUAUCGUAGUUAUUGUUAGAACAGCAGUUCUUUGUCGUAAUCUGGCCUUUUGUCAACAUCUAAGAAAUUUUGUCGAAGAAUAUUUGGCUGUUCUCGCAAUGUCUUUAAAAACAGUCCUGAAUCAAAUGCUUAGUGAAAAUGUUAAUGAUAUAACUUUCGAACAACAAUUGAAACACUAUUUAGAAAUCACAAGCAAUAUACUUGAACACGCUAACACUAAAGUAACAGAGGAUAACAAAGUUUACUAUUGGAUAGAUACAAUAAAAAAAAUAUGUGCGAGAUUCCAAGAAAUGGCUUCUAUAUUUGUAAUGGAAAAACUGCAAGCGAAUCCCAAACAAGUGAACAAAAUUAAAGAUGAAUUAAAUCGGAAGCUUAUCAUAGCUACAGUGUUAGUUGAAAUGAAAUAUCAAACUAAACUCUGCAAAGAAUAUUCAAUUUGCAUCAAAUCGUAUGAAGUUACGAAAUCGUUGAAUACGCUACUAGAAAUAUUCAAAACAACGCAAGACGAUAAAGUAAGAUUGUUUAUAAAAUAUUUUUAUGAAACACUAUUUGAUACUGCAUUUUAUACGCAUUUGAACGAAAACACAGCACAUGAACUUCAAAUCAUUCUAAACGAUAUGGCAUAUUCUAGUGAAGUACCUACAAAAGAGCUGCUGUUAACUGUACAAAAAAUUGUCGAAGCCAGACUCAAAGCUAUUGAAACUAAUAAUGAUCUGAAAAUGACACAUGAUGCACUGCUGGUUCAUGUCAUUCUAUCCGAUAUGGAUCAUAUUUACAGUGUGCACAAAUCCGAUCAAUUCAAACAAUUCUUUCAACAUUUCUACAAUUGGUUAGUAAGUGAUGUUACAAUGGGUAAGGUAAUACGGCAGGUUGUGAAGGACGUUAGUGCUGAAUUAAAAACUGCUCCAGAUGAUAUAUUAGUCAAAAUAAUUAAUGAAGUUAAAGCAUUUUUAGAAAUCACAGUUGAGGCAGAAAAUAGAAGUCUUUAGGAGACAUGUA